GCCAACUUAUUCCAGUUUCAUCACAAGCCAGGAUGGUCUCCGUGGUUAGCUUGUCUGUUCCUGCGCUUCUAUUUUCUUGGGCUGGUUUUAACUGCUUGUCUGACCUCUGAUGGUCGGAUGGUUGGUUCUUCUUCCUCUUGGUGACUUAGUUGGAAUUGUUUAUUUGUUUUUGAGUGGUGUUCAAAAGUUCUGAGAAAUGUUCCCUCCAUCUAGAUUCGUAAUCCUUUAACGUUUCCAAAUUGUUAUUCGUCUAUGUCAGUCCGUUUCUUUCUUCUAUUAUUUUCUGUAGAAAUAAAUAAUCCACUGCCGACUUGCUAGCCCUGUCACAUUUUCACCAGAUCCUCGUUAGCCUGCAACUUUUCGGAGUGACCUGGGUUCUCUUUCACGGCUAGCGUGACGCCUCUGCGGCAUAAAGCCAACCGUACUUCGUUGGACCCAGCAAUCCUUUACUUUGUCCAGUUUUCACCUCCCGGGCCGGGGGCCUGGUUUUGACUUUCGGAGGCCACUAGGACCGUCAAGACGCAAAGAGCUAUAAUAACUUUCUGUCAGCAAGCCCUGUUUUUUCUUCCCAUACUUUACUAUACUAUGGGGAGAUGCAGUUGUCAAACGUGGGCCAGUUUGUUGCGUUUAGGAUCGUCUUGUUGUUCCUUUGGAGGGUCUUUUUGACCCUAUCGAUCUGUCUUUUUCUUUGUAUUUCUUUCGCUUUGAAGCCAUCCGAUUUCAUAUCAUUGGCAUUUGAUGACGGAAUUUGUAGCCUUAGUAAAUGCUCGUUUUCUUAGAAAUGUCUAGCAUUAUAGUUCACACACCUCCGCCCCCUUUUAUCCAACCUUCUUGUUCCCCUCUGGUUUUAACAUUUCUUCAUUGCUUUUUCUUCUUCUCCAGGCAAGUAACUUCAACUGUUCGAAACCAAUCACAACCAUGGCCCUUCCUGCUACUGCUAAGCAAGUCACCGUCACCAAACGUGGUCUCAACUAUCGCGAAUGCACAGAAAUCAGGAAUGUCCCCGUUCCCAAUCCGCAAGCUGGCCAGGUGUUGGUGAAGAACAAAUUCGUGGGCAUCAACGCCACUGACGUCAAUAUUAGCUCCGGUCGCUACUUUGUCGACCCCACACUGAAACCGCCGUUCAUUGCUGGCCUGGAGGGGAUUGGACCAAUCGUCGCCGUCGGUGAGGGAGUGACCAAUCUGAAAAUAGGUCAAGCCGUCGCCUUCCUCCAGUACGGUACCUUCGCGGAGUACGUGAUAGUUCCAGCUGACAUUGCCGUCCCAGUCCCGUCUACCGACCCCAGCUUUAUGUCUAUCGUGAUCAGUGGACUGACGGCGUCGGUUGGGCUGGAAGAAGAAGGGGAUCUGAAAGCUGGCAAGACAGUCCUGGUGACCGCUGCCGCAGGGGGGACUGGUCAAUUCGCCGUGCAGAUCGCCAAACUGGCCGGGUGUCACGUGAUUGGGACAUGUUCCAGUCCCGAAAAGGCGGACUUCCUCAAAAGCAUCGGCUGUGAUCGCGUCAUCAACUACAAGAAAGAAAGCUUUCGGGAAGUUAUAACUAAAGAAUAUUCGAACAAAUUAGACGUUGUCUAUGAAUGUGUUGGUAAAGAAAUGUUUGACGUCUCUUUGCAGAAUCUGGCAAUCAAAGGAAGAUUGAUUGUCAUAGGGGCCAUUUCUGGGUACAAAGACGCCGAGGGCGCCAACGCUAGUGAAUUGAUACCGAAGGUGCCAGUAGGCAUGGAAAUUGUCCAAAAGUCGGCAAGUGUCCGUGGGUUUCUUCUGCCUCUCUUUCCUGAAAAGAUCCCUCUCCACAUUGCCACUUUGGCUAAACAGUUCGCAGAGGGCAAGAUUAAAGUGACUCUAGACAAAGGGGAAAAUGUUGCAAAGGGGCCCUUUAAAGGGCUAGAAAAAACAGCUGACGCUGUCGAGCAUUUGUACUCAGGGAAGAACAUUGGUAAGGUUAUUGUGGAACUUUGAAAAGUCCAUUCAAACAAAUGUGCCCUUUUUAGAGAGAAAAAAAGCUUCCAAAAAGAUCAAACUAGAUCAGUUGGCUGUACCUAAAACUAAGGAAACAGCAAUGCACUUGCUUUGAUAAAUUCUGUUUUGAGUUCGUGAGAGACAAAGGAAAUAUGCACUAUAAUAUACUUUAUUUAAUUUUACUUUAAGAUUUCCGACCUAUGUUACCUUAGUGUCGAUGGCCUUUCUCUUGUUU